ACCAGCCGGCGAGCCACCCCUGCCACCCUCUUUCUUCCUCGGCUCUUUCUCGUCCAGUUUGCCAGGAGGGUGAAAGAAGGCCCAGGGACGCCCCAGACCCCUCUGUUUCUGCCCAUAGCAAGUGCCACUACUGCCAUGGGCCUCACUAUCUCCUCUCUCUUCUCCCGCCUCUUCGCCAAGAAGCAGAUGUGCAUCUUGAUGGUUGGAUUGGAUGCUGCGGGCAAGACGGCCAUGCUGUGUAAACUGAAGUUAGGGGAGAGAGUCACCACCGUGCCUACCAUUGGUUUUAACGUGGAAACAGUAGAAUAUAAGAACAUUUGUUUCACAGUAUGGGAUGUUGGUGGUCAAGAUAAAAUUAGGCCUCUCUGGAGGCAUUUCUUCCAGAAUACCCAGGGUCUUAUUUUUGUGGUAGAUAGCAAUGACCGUGAAAGAAUUCAGGAAGGAGCAGAAGAGCUGCGGAAAAUGCUUCGGGAAGUCGAGCUUCAGGAUGCAGUACUGCUGCUUUUUGCGAACAGACAGGAUUUGCCAAAUGCUAUGGCCAUCAGUGAAAUGACAGAUAAAUUAGGUCUUCAGACUCUUCGUAACAGAACAUGGUAUGUUCAGGCCACUUGUGCUACACAAGGAACUGGUCUGUAUGGGACUUGACUGGCUGUCAAA